UUUUCUACUCCUUUAACCUUUUAUUAGGGGCAAUAUUUUCACAUGUUUUAUCUUUAUGAGAGUAUUUUGUCCUCAGACCAGAUAAAAGCACAGGGGUCCAUCUAGGUCACUUUUUCAAGUCAAACUGAGAUUUCAUUUAUUUAACAACCCAUUAUCAUGUUCAUGGGUCUCUGAUGUUGGUCAGUAGUCAAGGUAAACUAAUAAAUCUAGUGUCCUGACAGUCAGCUGACGUAAACAGGAAGUGUCCUGGACUGAUGGUGUUCUUCAGGUGUACUGCAGUGUGAGUGUCAUGCAGUAGAUGGCGCUGUUCACUCUCUAAUCUUUUUAAUCGCUAGGUUAUUCUCAAUUUCAAGUUUCAAUUAUGAUUACAAGUUUCCAUUUAAUGUUUGUUUAUGCCAUUUAUUGGUGUAAUGUUCAUUCAAAUCCAUCAAUGCCUGACGUCUUUUUGAAAGACUUAUUUAUUUGAAUGGCGCUGCACUGAAUACAUUAACAUAAAAGGACGGAAAAAAUAGAAAAUUAAAAAAGCGAUACUAGGAAAACGUGUGUUAUUUUUGUUGUUGUUGUUGGUACAAUUAAACAAUAGAGGAAAAAAAUAGUAUCAACACGUAAAACAAGAACAGCCGCCAGAUGAGAGAAGGAAAAAAACAUCACAAAACCCUGCAAUGAUAAUACAAGACAUGAUAAGCAAAGAAAUAAAGGAAAUAUAAGCAUAUUAGGACAAAAAAUGUGACUAAAUUUAAAGAGAGCACAACAAGACAAUGAAUUUCAAUGAAUGUGAAAUUUUGCUCGAUACUAAUUGGGAAAACGUCGCAGAGCUGCCGCCGGGCCCGGUGACGUCACCGCGGGCGCUCGAGCGCAUCGGACUCUCACCACGAGCGCGCGCGCGUUGCGGUGCGGCAGCUGCCAGGAGCGCGCGCAGACUCGCGGACGCAGAUCAUGUUUUAUUAUCUUCUUCAUCUGAUUGUUGUAAUCACCGUGUGACCGGGAUCUGAUGGAGGGACUGGGAGCCGCGGCCGGGGGCUGUUCCGCGGGGCCGGAGGACACGGACUCGGUGCUCGGCGCGGGAUCCGGGAUUGAUGCUGCAGAUCUCGACGCUGCUCUUAAGAAGACGCACUUAACCGAGAUGCCGUCGUCCUCGAGUCAGCCCAUCUCUGGCCUGGAGAAGAAGAUCGGCCACAGACGAGUCGAUGCGUCCGGCGAGACCACGUACAAGAAGACGACCUCGUCUGCCCUGAAAGGAGCCAUUCAGCUGGGCAUCGGAUACACCGUGGGGAACCUGAGCUCCAAACCCGAGCGGGACGUCCUCAUGCAAGACUUCUACGUGGUGGAGAGCAUCUUCUUCCCCAGUGAAGGCAGUAAUCUGACGCCAGCGCAUCACUAUCCAGACUUCAGGUUUAAAACGUACGCUCCUGUGGCGUUCCGCUACUUCAGAGAGCUCUUCGGCAUCCGGCCCGACGACUAUCUGUAUUCUCUCUGUAACGAACCCUUAAUCGAGCUCUCCAACCCGGGUGCCAGCGGCUCUAUUUUCUACGUCACUCGAGACGACGAGUUCAUCCUCAAAACCGUCAUGCACAAAGAGGCGGAGUUCCUGCAGAAGCUCCUCCCAGGAUACUACAUGAACCUGAACCAGAAUCCUCGCACCCUUCUUCCCAAGUUCUUCGGUUUGUACUGCGUUCAGUCCGGCGGGAAGAACAUCCGUAUCGUGGUGAUGAAUAACGUCCUGCCCCGCGCCAUCCGCAUGCACCUCAAGUUCGACCUGAAGGGCUCCACCUGCAAGCGCAGAGCGUCCAAGAAGGAGCGUGAGAAGGCCAGGCCCACGUUUAAAGACCUGGACUUCAUGCAGGACGUUCAAGACGGACUCCUGUUAGAUGUGGACACGUACAACGCCCUGGUCAAAACACUCCAGAGAGACUGUCUGGUGUUGGAGAGCUUUAAGAUCAUGGACUACAGCUUGUUGUUGGGGGUUCAUAACCUGGACCAGGCGGAGCGAGAGCAUCAGAUGGAGGGAUCUCAGAGCAGCGACGAGAAGAGGCCGGCCGCGCAGAGAGCGCUUUACUCCACCGCCAUGGAGUCCAUCCAGGGAGGAGCCGCGUGCGGAGACUCGCUCGACACCGAAGACACAAUGGGUGGGAUCCCUGCAGUCAGUGGUAAAGGAGAGAGACUCCUGCUCUUCAUAGGCAUCAUAGACAUCCUGCAGUCCUACAGACUCAUAAAGAAGCUGGAACACACGUGGAAGGCUCUGGUCCAUGAUGGGGACACUGUUUCCGUCCACCGGCCCAACUUCUACGCCGACCGCUUCUUCCGGUUCAUGAGCAGCACUGUGUUCAAGAAAAGCACUUCGCUGAAGGCUUCUCCGGCUAAGAAGGGUCGUGUGGCCCUGAACGUGCCCAAGCUCAGCGGCCCCGGGUCGGCCUGGUCGGCCAGUCAGUUCCCGUCAGAGCGAGACCAGAACAUCUAUGACCUGAGAGGAGCGCGCAGCUUCCCCGUGCUGGAAAACGACGGUCUGCAGUCUUGCACUCCUCCGUCGUUCGAGGAAGCGACCACAGCGUCAGUGGCCACAACUCUGUCCUCAAACACCUCCAUAUCUAUCCCAGAACGCUCCCCGUCGGACACCGCAGAACACACACGCUACAGAAGACGCACACUGUCUCUGAAAGAUGGCGAGGGGAGGACUCAUGAAGUGGUGGACGUGCACGAGGAAGAGCAGCAGACCAUCACUGUGCAGGUGGAGGUGAAGAGAGAGAGAGUAGAGGAGGAGGAGGAGGAGCCUGACGUCUCUCUGACACAGUAUGUGCAAACAAGACCUCAUUACUCCACUAAACACACACCUAUAGAAAAAUCAUGUUCUGCA